UGUUUUCAAGUCACGGAUGUUUGCGCAUGCCAAAUCCUCACGAGAUUGUUCUGCGACUGUAAACGCAAGCGCCAAGGAAUGAUAAGCGCUUCAAAAUCAGUUGUUGUUGGCACAUUAUUGGGUUUCUGCCUCAGCUGGAUUACGGGCACUUUGCAAAAGGUACAAUAUGGCCUCAACGAAAAAUCAUGCGGUUUGUCUGUUCCGGAAGCGAGAAUUAUCAACGGAGAGGUUACAUCGAAGCUACAUGUGCCAUGGGUGGUUAUUGUCUUGCGGAUACUCGACAACUUUCACGUGCGAAGUUGUGGCGGUAGUAUCAUAACUAGGAACAUCAUUUUAACCGCUGCUCACUGCGUCUUAACCGAAGAGAAGGGGCGAUCGGUGCGACAGUUGGUUGUUUACUACAACUCCAGUGACUUCUAUUCAGGCCCCUGUAUUGAUGUGAAAGAAGGACUUAUACACAACAAGUACAUCAAUGUAUUCCAAGGCUAUGACAUCGCUCUAUUGAAGCUUUCAAGUGCUUUACCAAGGUUCGACCGAUUCGUCAGGUCUGUUUGCCUGCCUAAGAGAGGAGCCCCUACAAAGGCAGGUCCCAUGCUCUUGCCAGGAUAUGGUACCACAAGUAUAGAAAACACAUUAACAGAUCGGCUUCGGUUCUACACUGCCCAAGUUUUCUCGGAUGUGGAUUGUGACAAAGGACUACAUCAAGAAGGCCAACACACUCUGAACAGCGACCUCGUUAUUUGUAGCCAUAGCCACUUCGGGAUGACUUGGAAUGGCGACUCUGGGAGCCCAGUGACAGCCAUCAUGCGAAACGGAAAAUCAACGCAAUACGGUAUCCAUUCUAUUGGAGCCGAAAACAUGGACCUUCCUGUGCCGGCUAUGCAUACAAGGGUGGCCACGUUCGUUCGGUGGAUUCGGAAGUCACUAAAGCAUGUUGACGAAUGGCCGAUGGUCGUCACCGAAGGGCCAGGGAAUGAUGAGCCGUUGUGCAACCAACUGGAGACAGCAGCGGUAUAACUGUUCAAUUUCGCAGAUAUUGCAGCACAUUUUUAUGUACCAGUGACGUUUGAGAGAUGUCUUGCCGCACGCGUCGAAAUAGGCAUGGUUCUUGUUUAGGCUUUCGAUAUGCUAAGAUGAAAUAUUUUUUUUUCACGUCAAACAUUAACCUGCGGAUUAUCAUUAAGCGUAGUUUAAAGAUUUGUUUUCGGCUUUUUGCGUUCGCUUGAUGAUAUAGGAACAGCACGAUGCCGUCCCUCCUUAAGUACAUUUGUUUCAGUUGUCGUCAGCUAAUCGUAUGGCCAGUGUAUUUUGUUCACCUAUGGGUAGAUGUUGAGAUUAUGCUGACGUACAUUUUUGUUAUUCUAAGUUGCAUGUAGCUGCGGAAUAAGAUACAACAAAUUUUGACAGACAAAUUCAAUGCUUUUCACAUAUCCGUGAAAGCUUUUGGAAAUCUUGCAAGACAAAUACGUAAAUAAUAUGGCCCCCUCACACUGCCUGCUAUUGUCCUCCUCGUUCGUUUAGAUUAUACGGCAUCUCAAUGUAGGGGAGACUCUGCCUUUGAGUUCCACCGAGAGAAUAGAGGUAAUAUUUUCUUAAGCAUCUCGUUUUGCAUUCGGAAAAAUUGGUGCAAUGUUUAGAAUUUGGUUUCAGACACACCAACAACGAAUACUUUUCAAUGUGUGAGUCUUUUGUCAGUUCAUAAAAUGCAAGGAGUCUGGGUAGGUGAUUUUAAGUGCUUUUGCCUGUUAAUUGCUGCCCCACCGAAAUACGCUAUCUGUGUAAGUAUAGCUUCCCAAAAUACUACUUUAGAUGAACCUACUUGAAUUAGACGGCGUGUAAACAAUUAGUGCCCAGAAAUGAUCAAUAUUCCGAUCUGCCGAUUACAAUCACCCGCUCCUAAUGAAGUACGGUCGCGUGAACAUGCUAGUGUGAAUUUUUUAUGUGCCAAUUCUAAGCAAUAAAACUGUAUUGACAUUUUUUAUGCGUAAAUUUCGCUUUGAAAAAAAAAAUAAACUACGCUACCAAAGCUACGUUUAUGCGGUAUGGUACUGCUUGAAAUUUCACUAAAUAUACAUUUUUAUGGGAGAUCUGAGCGCUUGCUCAUCAGCAAGAUACGUAAUAUUGUGUUGAUGAGAUUUAUGGGAUUGUAUUAGUCCUUUAUUAUUUGCGUGGAAUAAAAAGGUUAAAAAGAACAUUCCGAAAUACGUAUAUUGCAGAAUUGCUAGAAUGUAAUCAGGAAAGCUAUGUACCUGUCUCUUGCACGUCCAAACAUAUUGUGCAUAGGAACUUCCACACGGCAUAUGGCAGAGGAAGUAGAGUGCGGCAUGUUUCUAGGAAAUUAAAAAGAGCUUCUGAGAACUUGCGAAGCGUAUGGUGAAUACGUUUAUUCACCACGACCAUUUGUCGACCAAGCCUUUCUAAUGACAUACAUAUAUAUUACAGGCCUCGAGCGAUCCCGGAUGCAGCAGAAUGAACGAGGUACAGCACAACUAGUUUUGUUUACGGCUCGUAAAGUUCUCUUGAUGCAAGAAAAAGGUCGCUGGAAUGACCUGUCAAAGACAUAGCACGGUAAAUUUAUAGGCCGUAUGUUGUGCUCGGCAUUUCUACGCAGAGUUAGUGGAGCUGACGCUCGCUUCAACGAAAUGCGCAUUUUGUAAGGUGGUCAGAGAGACUCACGGGUUUGAAGUACGGAGCUGACGCUCGCUUCAAUGAAAUGCGCAUUUUGUAAGGUGGUAAGAAAUACUCACGGGUUCGAAGUAAAAUAUUUUAUUAUUCCUUUAUCCAAUAGCACAGUAGCUAAUAAUGAUGUCGUCUUCGUAUGAUCACGUUUAAACCACGGUAUAUUCGAAGUAAAGUAUUGUUAACGUGUAAAGAUUCCACCGAUAAAGUAUGUUUCAUUCUUUCAGCUAAAAAAGUGGUGUUUGUUCUUAGUUUAUUUGGAACAAAAUAUUUAUUUUUCAAGAUUGUGUGGUACAGUGCAUUUUAGCAGAUAACUUGCCGCGAUCGAUGGCUGCAGUUCUUUUCCUUUCUUUGCGGAAAUGGUGCGAGACUCUAGUAAAGGAUAGUUAUGUCAGAACAGCAACGCUCUACGCGCAUUAUGCCUAACAUAAACGUGUCUUAGAUAUGAAAAUAACAUUGUAUACUUGUACGUGGUUAAAGCUGAUGGCCCCAAGCAUACGAAACCACAUGAGCUACCUUGCUCAGGGAAUCAAUUGGUUCACAGGCCCGAUGGUAGCAAAGGUGGGUUUACACCUUUUUUGCUAUGAAUAAUCUUUACUGCAACAACACCGAAAAUGUGGACUUACAUUGUGGAACUACUAAAGGUAGCCACCGUAGAAAUACUCGGUGGCGCUUCUUCAGCCUGAUUGCGCUAGAACAGCUGCAAUUCUUGGUUAUGUGAGUAUCGCGACGCGUACUUUUUCUUAUUUUCGGGUGACCGCCUUCCAUCGGCUAACGAACGGUAACGUAACUUAGCAAUGUUAACGUUUUGACUGGUCGGUGGGUCAUGGUUAUUAAAUGUUACAGCACGACGCUUCAGGUUGACAUAAGAAGAGUCGAGGACACAAACAGCGCUGACUUCCAACUGAAUGUUUAACGACUGCAGUGCGUCUGUGCUCGCGUUCCUAUUGUAAAAAGGCAUAUAAGUGCUUUGUUGGUGUUAAGCAUUUAAUUGGAAAUCAGGGCUGUCUGGGGUCCUAUACUCUUUUUUCGUCCACUUAAGGUCUUGUGCUGUAAUAAUAGUUAGAAAUGUUAAAUGUCAUCGCUCAGCGCAGACGCGCCAAUCUUUAUCCAAAGUUUCUCGAAUGUUAUGGCUGCUUCUAUAUGCUGCCUAAUUUGUCCCUCAGCCUUGUAUAAUGAAAUUUUGCGCUUGACGCGAAUACCGAGGCCCUUCGAUGAUGAGACCCUGAUAGCCCCGGUUUGCUUGAGACUGAUGUGCCAUAUUCGAUUUUGCUCGGACAGCUUCGGAAGCUACGCGGACUACUGCGACAGUUGGCAGAAGCGCGUUUUUUUUCUUCUUUAUUUUAAAGACUGGAAGUUCCGGGCUGCCCGCGGACUGUCGGAGCUGUCGGAAGAUUUUUUUUCUCGCUCAAUUGCAGACAGCUAUCCGACGAUGGCUGUCUGAAAAAGAUGCUUGGGACGUCUGCCACCAUGUUAUGAACGACGCCAUGCGCUUGUGUGUAGUUAGCUCGUUCCAGACAGCAAACAUUGUACACUGAGCUGUCACAUCUCUUAUACCGGUGCAUUGCGUGCCAUCAUGCCAUCUGUUUCCGAGCCGUGUAAUUUCGCAGUCUUAGAGCGUGGUCCUUACGAGACAAGCACGAUCACACUGAUCAGGCGCCGCAUGCUUAUUUGUCUUGAUAUGCAUUCGCGAAAUACCUCGUGCUCGUUACUAUAUGUGUAGUAAAGAGGUGAUUUUCGCCUCUUAGGUUAGUGACACAGGUGAGCUCGAGGUGUUUCUCCGCUGUAGCUGGGCGAUAAAUUACCGAAGCUUCACCGGUUGUUCUUCACAUAUGUUAAUCCCGUGUGUAGGGGAGUUGGAACGCUUGCUUUUUGAGGUGCAGUAUUUGUAGACAGUGUGCGUCCUUACUAAAGGUAUCAUUGUGCUGAGGGUAAUUUGUAUUUCUAACCACAGGCUCACCCAAUAAACAGUACUUUAGUGCCUCC